AUGCCUCCCAUCGAAAACGACACCGGGAAGAGCGAGUUGAAGACUCAGAUUCAGCUCCUCAUUGACUCAAAUCAAGUGAUGGUCUUCAGCAAAAGCUACUGCCCCUUUUGUGUGAAGGUAAAGGACCUGUUCAAAGAGCUGAAAGUGGACUGUAACGUGGUGGAGUUGGACCUCAUAGAGAACGGCACCACCUACCAGGACAUGCUGCUGGAGAUGACCGGGCAGAAAACCGUCCCCAACGUCUUCAUCAACAAAACGCACCUGGGCGGCUGCGACAAAACCAUGCAG